UUUUUAACGUAGCAUAAACGGCAGCAAUCAACUCAGUCAUUCUGGAAUAAGUUUAUUUUCUCAGCCUGGUCUAUUUUUUUAAACUGUUGACUAAUAAUUUAUUUUUUAAUGGAGUUGACCUUCAAGUUUUAAGACAUGUCAGGGAGGCUAUCUAAGUUGGCGAAAAGGCCCAGGAAAACAUACAAGUGCAAGUACCACCCAUGCACUUUUGUUGUGGACGAUCUCGAUGCAAUUGAUUUGCAUGAAAGGAGGCAAUGCAUUUUUCGCCCAACAUCCUUCCCACCCCCUUCGGCGACUUACACUCCCUCAUCGUCAUCAUCCACCUCAGCUACUCAUCAAAUAAGUGACGAUGAGACGGCAUCCUCAUCUUUUGCACUUGUCACUCCUCCCCCCACACCGUCGCCACAAAUAGGAGGCUCGAGCGAUGACUCCUCUAUGGACAGCAUGGGUGAAUGGAGUUUUAUGAACCAGUCUCCACGAACACCACAAGCUAAGAAGGGUUAUGUACAUCCUUGUCCCAAAAAGUGUGGGUAAAUGUUUAAUAGGCAAGCGACUGCUGCCCUUCAUGCUGAGCUUAGUUGUGGUUUAACUUCUACAGAGAAGAAAGCUAAACUAAAAGAAAAAUACGGUGGGGACCCCAAACACGAGUGUGAUAAAUGUGGAAUUGUGUUCCAAAAGCCAAGUGCACUACAAAAGCAUUUCUGUGACACUAGUCGAGAGGAUUUAGAAAAAAUGUUUAAGGACGAUGACAGUCACUGGUGCGAGAAAUGUGGACAAUUUUUUGUCCAGAGUACAGACAAGCCUCGACAUGUUGUCAUCUGCCAGACGACAAAGGAGGAAUUAAGAGAAAUAUUUAAGGGAAAGCCUGACCACUGGUGUUAUCCGUGUGAUAUUGUUUUUGCAUGGAAGCAAGAUGCUGCGUACCACACUCGCAUUUGCGGAAAAACAAAGGAUGAGCUGAGGACGAUAUUCGAAGACAAUCCUGAAAACUGGUGUAGAAAAUGUGAUACCGUCUUUACAAAUACCAGCAAUAGAAACAGCCACGUCGCUAUUUGUGGAAAAUCCGAGGAGGAGAUAAGAACAUUAUUACAAGAUGAUCCUUCUCAUUGGUGCAAAAAAUGCGAUCCACAUGUCUUCUUUAAAUGGACAAAUAGUGCAGAGUUGCAUAUUCUUAAGUUCCACACCAACAUUAACAUAUUCAACUUAACUAAAUCUCAAAUGCAACAGGUGAACCCUCUCAACUAUAAUUAUGAAAGAAAUGAAGGGACACAAGAUCCACUAUUCCCUCAGGAUGAAAAUUUUAGGAACAUCGUUGGACAGAGAUUGAUUUGGGCAAAUACAUUUUCCGAGUACCUACUAUCCAGACAAACUGAUUGUUAUGUGUACCGUGUUGCUGGAUUAGAAGGGGUCAAAUGCCAACCUGAUACCUCUGCAAAGGACUUCAUUGUUGCAAACUUUUCUCAAUUUGGGAUUUAUGUUGGGAUCAACUCCACAAUAACCCAUAACACAAUCAAUGGAUGGCAUAAAAAAUUACCCCACAAAUCAACUCCUGGACAACUUUUUAUCAGAGGCGGAGAUGUAUUUUUCCUUAGUGAGGAAACUUUCUCUGGUCCAGAUGCAUUUAAUGUGGCUAGAGCUAAUGAGGCAUUAGAAAUCAAUUACGGCCUUAUCGGGAUGGAAUUCGCACAACAAGGAGACGAGGUUACCAAUGUCAUCAACAAAAAAAGAGAAUUGCGAUCUUUGGGGCUGAAUGAUAACGAGACGCUGUCUUCAAUGUUGGAUGGUGCAAUCAGAGGAAGAAAAUUAUAUUGCAUAAACGAAGAUUGUUCUUGUCCUGCAUUUCGUCAUCUUCUUCUAAAUAAAUGCAAAAAGGAGAUUUUUGUACUUCAACCCCAUCACUUUGAACAACUGCCCCCACCAAAUCCUAUCAACCAACAAAGGAGCACACGACCACUGGAUGAGACUGGGAUUCAAACGGUCGUCAAGAAGAGGUUGUCAGAUCUGAGGAAGGAGAUUUCACUUUUGCCCGUCCUCAUUUACAACAACUAUUCCGUCAUCGUUGUAAAGCUGGCCGACUUUCCAGGCCUGACCACACCCCGUGCAAUAGUUCAACAUCUAGUGGACAAUUGGGAUAAGAAUAAGAUUGUUAUCUGGUCUUAUUUUGGUAAAGGAAUUGAAGGGACGGAUGAAACAAUUAACAUGCACCACAAGAAUGAUCCCAGCACUAGUUCCAUUAUGUCUGAGGUAGAAAAAGGAGUAAGGAUGGCUAUACAAAUCUCAUCAACAAGGGGAAAGUCAAAGGAGGAUGUGGGGGAGAAAGAGUCAUUCAUGAUAUAUGAGUCCAUACAGAAUGCAAAGAAGAAGAAACCAGGUGUUCGGGUAGCUUGUCUCAACCGACGUAUGGAGUGGGGUGGUUGGAGUCGACUUUCUCCUGAAAUCCAGUCCCUAGCAGAAGAAAGUGGUUCAAUAGGUAUCUCCCCUUUCUCUGCUGCACCUCAGGAUGAGACCCCACUAUGGGAGGAAGGGCAGUUCCAAUUCCCCAUCAACUUAAACCGGCAAUUGGACAACCAUGCCAUCAAGCUUGUCAAGGUGUCAGUCACUGAAAUAGAUGAAGACGACGAGGAGGAGGAAGAAGAGGAGUUUAUGUGAUUUAAAAGUUUACCGGUUUUUUAUUUGAACGAAUUGUUUGUUAAGGUACGUUGAGUAGUUGGAUGAAUUAAUUAGUGAAUAAACGUUAUUACUGUUAUCCACAAAUUCA